AUGAAGAAAGAUUUCUUCACGAAUCUACCAUCAGAACUAACCACCAACAUCCUCUCACCCCUCUCUGUCCCAAGCCUUGCAAUCAGCAAGUCUGUUUGCAAAUCAUGGCGCGAUAUGUUUGAGUCCGAUGAUUUCGUCAAAUCCUGUCUUUCCAUAAUCAAAACCCCACGCAUCCUAGUUCGCAUAAUAUCAACCAAGUUGAACUCAACUCGGUGCACGAUUUUCGAAAUUGAAGACGAAGACGAAGCCAAUACGGAAAGCAAUGAUCUUCACUACAUCAUGCCCCUCAUAGAUUUUGGCAUCCCUCACACAUACUCAGCAUACAUGGCAGGUAUGGCCGCUAAUGGAUUGCUUCUUCUGUACUCAGAGUUAGGGCAUGCUCGAAUUUCGCUUGUUAUAUGCAAUCCGAUCACUCGUCAAUAUAUCAGGUCUUAUGCCCAGAGGAAUGCAUCUCAGAAGAUUUUAAGUUGUGUUUUGGAUUUGGUAUGA